CUCUCACCUCACGCAACUGAACUUUUGCAAACCACAAAUUCCACACACGCCCCUCGCGCACACGCACAUUUCCACACCCACCAAACUCCACCCUACCACCUCACCCACAUCUAUCACUAGCCAUGGGAAACGGAGCGAAAGCCCAACAAAAGCGCGAGCGCAAAGGCGGAAAAAGCGGUCCCGGCGAAGCAAAGAGCCAGUUGAAAUCCAACGCUGCUGCCCUGACUAUCAAAUGCAAAACGUGUUUCCAAUCCUUCCAGAGCACGACGAACCGUAAGAUGCUGGGGGAUCAUGCGACGAAUAAACAUGGAAAGCAGUUUGAGGACUGCUUUGAGGCUGAUGAUGGGGUUGCGCGGUGAUGCGAUUCCGUGCAAGCUCUGGGGUGAAGGGGGCGUGUGGGGGGUGGGGGAUGAGGAGAUGAGGGUAGUGAUGGGAGAUGAGAGAUGAGGGUGGCGAUGGGAGAUGAGAG